CCUUUCUGUACGCCGCUCCAGUUUUCUCUGUAGUAGGGAAGGUGGAGCUGGUUGCUGGGGCAGGGGCCUGUGGCGCCGUCGUUGCGGAGCCCGGGACAGCAGGAUGUUUCGCCUUCGAGUUCUUGCUGCUGUGGCAGGCUUAGAGGCUGUUUCCCGAUGUUACCAUGGAAUGGCACAUCCCACCAGAAGCAGGCAAAGACUUAUGAUGGCAGCUUUCAUAGGAACAACUGCAGCAACAGCGAGUGCUGGACUCCUGUGGAAGAGAGCCCAUGCAGAAGCACCGUCAUCUGUAAAACACAAUGCAAGGACAGAAACUAAUGAAAAAGUGAAGGAUCAAGAAGAAGAGGAGAAUGGCGAUGAUAGAAAGACUGUCGAGUCAAGUGGUGGAGGGGCUCAGCCCGAAGAGAAGAAGAAGAAGAAACAACGUUCUGGAUUUAGAGAUCGUAAGGUGAUGGAGUAUGAGAACAGGAUACGAGCCUACUCCACUCCAGACAAAAUCUUCAGAUACUUUGCCACCUUGAAAGUAAUACAUGAGCAUGGAGAAUCAGAGGUUUUUAUGACACCACAAGAUUUUGUGAGAUCCAUUACUCCUAAUGAAAAACAACCAGAACACCUAGGUCUGGAUCAGUUUGUAGUGAAGCGGUAUGAUGGAAAGGAUUUCUGGCAGAAGUUAUCCCAAGAACGAGAGAAGUUUGCUGAUGAAGACAGUAUAUUUUAUACACUUGGAGAAUGUGGACUCAUCUCUUUUUCUGACUACAUCUUCCUCACUACAGUUCUCUCCACUCCCCAGAGGAAUUUUGAAAUUGCCUUCAAGAUGUUUGAUUUGAAUGGUGAUGGUGAAGUGGAUAUGGAGGAGUUUGAACAGGUCCAGAGCAUUAUUCGCUCCCAAACCAGCAUGGGCAUGCGUCACAGAGAUCGUUCUACUACAGGAAAUACUCUAAAGACUGGCUUCAACUCUGCCCUGACGACAUACUUUUUUGGAUCUGAUCUGAAAGGAAAGUUGACAAUCUCAAACUUCUUAGGGUUCCAGCGCAAACUUCAGCAUGAUGUUCUGAAGCUUGAGUUUGAACGGCAUGACUCUGUGAAUGGGCGGAUCACCGAGCGUCAGUUUGGUGGCAUGCUGCUGGCCUAUAGUGGAGUGCAGUCAAAGAAGCUCACUCUCAUGCUGAAGCAACUCAGGAAACAUUUUCAAGAAGGAGAGGGGCUGACGUUUGAGGAGGUGGAAAGCUUUUUUACUUUUCUGAAGAAUAUAAAUGAUGUGGACACAGCUUUGAGCUUUUACCACAUGGCUGGAGCUUCUCUUGAUAAAGUUACCAUGCAGCAGGUAGCCAGGACAGUGGCAAAAGUGGAGCUCUCAGACCAUGUGUGUGAUGUGGUGUUUGCUCUUUUUGAUUGUGACGGGAAUGGAGAGUUGAGUAAUAAGGAGUUUGUUGCCAUUAUGAAGCAGCGACUUAUGAGAGGUUUGGAGAAGCCCAAAGACAUGGGAUUUACACGACUCAUGAGGGCAAUGUGGAAAUGCGCACAGGAGACAGCUUGGGACUUUGCUAUGCCCAAACAAUAACUGCAGCAAAUGGAAGAACCUGGUUUACAACAUGUUAUUGGGGCCAUAAAUCUAUCUGUACUGCUCCUGCAAAACAUGCCAUUGUCAGAUGCUCUGCAGAUGAACACUCUUCACACAGAAAUCUACUGAAUGAUAACAGACCCAUUGCUACAUUGAACUAGAAAAAAAACCACCCAAAAGACACAGACUACUAACAACUGGAGUUUUUCCAAACACCAGAACAGAAAUUGGAGCCUAUUGUAUCUUCUGCUUUAAUUUUUCCACUGUUGAUGCCUCUUUAAUAUUAAUCUCUCAGGAAAAUUACAAGAAUAAUUAGUUCUGUGUAUUGCAGCCACCAGUUUCAUCUCCAUGGUAUGCUCCAGUGUCCAACAAACCCAGAAUUUUAUGUAGAAUUGAAUAUGGAUAGCUUCAGAGAACAACAUUGGUCGGAACAGUCCCAUAUGUGUCAAGCAGGGGGACAGAAAUGCCUAGCAAAUAUACUAGUAACAAAUCCUAGUCUUUUGCUCCUGAAUUAUUUUUAGUUUAGAUUUUAAGCAUUAUUUACAAAAAGUGUGUUUAGAAUGAGCUUUCGAAAGAGAGCUGGGUUUAUAGAAAACAAUAUCAACCUUUGUUUAUUACGGAAGCUGUCCAUAAGAUUAAGGGCAGAGGGGUCCAGCAAGGGUGAGAAUGCCAGAGAACUUUCUUCUAUAGGACUGUUUUGUUUUUCCCAGUUGGAUUUCUUAUCUUGCAAGCUUGAUGUGAAAUAGGGAUAUGCCUGGUCAAGCAGGGGGCUGCCUUGGAUAUAAGGAGUUUAAAAUGGCUUAAUUUUUUCCCCACCUUUCUCCUCCCUCAGAAGAACCCUGCCUUGCAUAAGCAACCUAACAUACAUGCUCUUUGUAAUUCUCUUUUUAAUAAGGGGCUCCUCCCCCUGUGAGACUGUCCUUCUAUAUGGGGUAUUGGCUUUAAAGCUGCUAUUUACUGAAUGCUUGAACAUUGUAAAAUAUUACUUUAAUUACAUUGGUUCACAACAAAAGCAAAUGCUCAUCUUUCAACUAUGUUUAUGGGAAGCCUCGUGACUUUAAGUCACAUUUGACUUUGUUGGCAGCAAGUCAACAAAAAUCUCAACCUCUCUCUGCUGAAAAUGAACUCCUACUAAAUAUAAAAGGAGAAAACACAAAGCAUCAGUUUUAGAGAAGGCUGGAGGGUGGAAUUCUGUGUAUCGUCCGUUCUCACUCACUGGUAAAUGUGCUUGUUGUUUUGAAAGGAUCUGUCGACCGAGGUUUUACGUGGCCUGUGUUUGGCAAAAAAUCUGAUAACACAGUGUACCCUAAAGUACAUUGAUUAGAAAGCUACCUUCCCCCUUUCAUCUCCACACUUCAACUCUAAGUCUGACAUUGUUAAAUAUUUAGCCUUCCCUAGCUAAUCUAAUAACUUGUCUGUGUGUCAUGAAGUAUGCAUCCAGAUCGGAAAUAGCAUUAUUUAACCCAAUGGAAAUCAAGACAGAAAUGGAUUGUCCCGUCAGGUUUGGGCACCAGUACAACAGGGCUGUACCAAUUACUUUGAGACACCUUUGUAAUACCUACUUUGAGCAUCUCUCAAACUUCCCACGCAAUUGCUUCCUGCAUUUUUUCUGGCACCCAGGAAGUCUUCCUUACUGGUUUUACUUCUGGGUUGGUACAAGUAUGAUGGGAAAUAGUUUUUCCUGAGGCUGAUGAAAACUUAUUAGUUCUUGGGCUUGUUGUUCUGUUAAGCUCUCAGAAGAAACCAUUUCAUCCAGUGCCAAAGGCCCUAGAACCUCAGGACCUAGAUUUAGCAUCUUGUCUGGAUUGACAAGGAAACUUUCCCACUUCCUCCAGGUUUCAACAGGUUCACAUGAAAGAUGGUUUUUCCUUUUCUUUUGUUGGAUUAGUCUUGGGUGCAAAUAAUUUAGCAAUUUAGCAUGUACAAGUCCAAGUGUUGUCAAAUAAAAAGAUAUAGCUCCUCUCUACAUUCACAUCAAGUAUGUGAAACAAUAGACUGUCUGUAAACUAUUGAACCCCAACCACAUUGCAUAACUGAGUAUUACAGUGCUCCUAAUUCACUUAACAAAUCCUAACUCUAGAGCAUUAAUGUAAUCUAUUUUCAUGAGAGAGAGCUCCACAGAGCUGAGGUGAUCUGAAGAAGAGCUCUGUGGAGCUUGAAAGCUUGUCUCUUUCACCAACAGAAGUUGGUACA